AGGAGGGAUAGGGAAAGCCCUUGUUUUUUUUUUUAUUGUGCUCUAUUCCCCCCACCCCUCUAUGGAAGGAGGAGAUACAGAGUCUGAUGACUAAAACUUGUCAAGAUGUAUACUCUAUGAAGAAGACGUGAGGGCAGGAAGCUCAUUCAGAACAUGGGUUUGUGAUUGAAAACUCUCAAGAGGAACAUUACCGAGAGAAGGAAACUUGUCCUCGGGCAUUUCUCUUCUCUCACAAGCAGUCUAUGGAAGGAGAAGACAUGGGGACAUCAAAGUCAGGCAACCAAAGUUCUGCAAGUAGAACAAUUAAGAUAGCCCUGGUCAUCUUCAUAUGCAUUACAGGAAUCCUUACUUUACUGCUUGUAUUAGUCACUCAAGGACUUAUUAGCUUUCACAAGGAACGCUAUUGUUUAACUCCAGAAUGCAUUGAAGCCGCUGCUUCUAUACGAAACAAAAUGAACCUUUCUUUUGAUCCUUGUGACAACUUUUUCCAGUUUGCAUGUGGUGGCUGGAUGGAAAGUAAUCCAAUUCCUGAUGACCAAUCAAACUAUGGAAUCUAUCCUUGGUUGAGGAAUAAUGUGGACCUUAAAAUUAAAGCUCUUCUAGAGAAACCUAUCAGCAAAAGACGGGAUUCUGAGGCCACACAAAAGGCAAAGACAUUUUACAACUCCUGUAUGAAUGAAACUGAAAUAGAAGAAGCUGAUGUGAAGCCUCUAAUAAAAUUACUAAAGCAGAUGUCACUUCGCUGGCCAGUGCUAGAAUCCAACAUUGGAAGUGAAGGCAAGUGGUCGGAGAGGAAGUUUAACUUUCUUCAGACUCUAGCAGAUCUUAGGGGACAAUACAGUACCUCAGUCUUCAUACGUGUCUAUGUGGCCACAGAUGACAAAAUAUCUAAUAACUUUAUAAUAAAGUUUGACCAAGCAUCCCUAUCAUUAUUAUCUCAUGAGGAUUACCUUGAUAAUAGUACUACUGCAGCUAGAUACAGAGAUGCUUUAUUUAACUUCAUGGUUGAUGUGUCGGUUUUUCUUGGUGCCAAUAAGACUCGAGCAGAAUCUGAUAUGAAGGCAUUGAUUGAUCUGGAAACUAAAAUUGCUCAGAUUAUUGUACCUCAUGACAACAGAACUAGUGAAUCUAUGUACAAUAAGAUGAACAUCUCAGAGCUGAGUACUGUCAUCCCUCAGUUUGACUGGCUAAACUAUGUGAGGAAAGUCAUUGAUUUCAAGAUGUAUCCUGACCUUAAAGAUAUCGAUUCUUCUGAAGAAGUCAUUGUCCGGGUGCCACAGUAUUUUAAAGAUCUGUUUAGAAUGUUAGAAAAUGAAGACAAAAGGACUCUUGCAAAUUACCUGAUAUGGAAAUUUGUGUAUUCAAGAAUUUCAAAUCUCAGUAGACGGUUUCAAUAUAGACAACUGGAAUAUAUACGGGUUCUUUUAGGAACAAAUACUUUGGCUGCACGCUGGGACAGAUGUGUAAAUUAUAUUGAAAAUGCUCUCCCUUACGCUGUAGGAAAGAUGUUUGUGGAUUCUUUUUUCCAAGAGGACAAGAAAUUAAUGAUGGAAGAAGUGAUCGAAGGGAUCCGUUGGGCUUUCAUUGACAUACUGGAAAAAGAGAAUGACUGGAUGGAUGAAGCAACCAAAAAUAAAGCCAAGGAGAAGGCAAAAUCGGUAAUGGCAAAAGUAGGGUACCCUGGGUUUCUAAUGAAUGAAACCUACAUUAAUGAAGACAUUAAAACACUAAAAUUUUCUGAGUCAGACUAUUUUGGAAAUGUGCUGCAGACGCUACAUUUUCUAUCACAAUCAGAUUUCUACUGGUUGAGAAAAGACGUUCCAAAAAAAGAAUGGUACACCAGUCCUACCACUGUGAAUGCAUUUUACAGUUCAUCUACAAACCAAAUUAGAUUCCCAGCUGGAGAGCUUCAAAAACCUUUCUUUUGGGGAACAGAAUAUCCACGAUCCCUCAGCUACGGAGCAAUUGGAGUCAUUGUUGGCCACGAGUUCACACAUGGCUUUGACAGUAAUGGCCGGAAAUACGACAAAGAUGGAAAUUUACAUCCCUGGUGGACCACAGAUUCAGAGGAAAAAUUCAAAGAAAGAACAAAAUGUAUUGUGGACCAAUAUAAUGACUAUUACUGGAAGCUUGCUGGAAUGAAUGUAAAAGGAACGAAGACGUUGGCAGAAAACAUUGCAGACAAUGGGGGAAUGAGAGAAGCCUUUCGUGCAUACAGAAAAUGGAUCCAAGAGAAAAGAAAUGGAAAAGAGGAACUACUUCUUCCAGGCGUAGAUCUUAACCACAAUCAACUGUUUUUCUUAAGCUAUGCUCAUGUAAGGUGCAAUACUUUCCGCCCUGAAGCUGCAAGAGAAGUAAUAAUUAAUGGAGUACAUAGCCCACCUCAGUUCCGGGUAAUUGGUGCAAUGAGUAAUUUUGAAGAAUUUCGUAAAGCUUUCAACUGUCCAGAGAACACAUUAAUGAAUCGUGGAUAUAAUUCAUGCCGAGUAUGGUAGAAGUGAAGACUAAUUUUAUGCAAUAUGCGGACUGCUGUUUGAGCUGCUGUAUAAAUUGUUUUAUGGUAUUUCACUUUUGGAGCCAAAGAGGAUAAUCCACUUCAUUGUUUUAGAGCUGUUUGGAAAAAUUAUUAUGGGGAUUACACAUCCAUGCUGUUUUAGGAUUGCUCAUGGAUACAUCUCUCAUGCUAAGAUAGCAUAGCCAAGUAUCUACUGUCCUUGUGCGCGGCAACAUCGAAGCGGACUUCACUUAAAAGGACAACAAGCUAUCAACUGUCUUUGUAAGAAUUACCCAUAAGACAGUAAAUGCUAAUCAAAGGUUGAAUAAUGGUUGCUCCAAAAAGUUUUUUGUGUAUUUUUUUAUUUUGUGAAUUCAGAAUCAUUUGAACAAUGACAAGACAAAUUCUAAGUGGCUUUAUACUUUUACAUAUUGAGCUGAUAUAACUGACUUCUUAAUGUGCUCCAGUUAAAUGUUCAAAUUUUUCUCCUCAUCCAUAGCUUUCGGGGACGGGGAGGGAAAUUUAUUAAUAGACAUACAUUUAUAUAGCAGUUUAUAGAUAUGUGUUUACUUACCCUUUGUCUUUGCUCAACACAUCCCGAGAUGUAUGGUGUGAUAUUACUAGCUUUUUAAGAAAAAAAACAUUAUUUUGCAAUACUCCAUAGUCAUGGGAUGUCUAUCCUGUAUGUGUCUUAGUGGCCACCUAAUGUUUCUGUUGUGAAUUUUAGUUUCUCAAGGUUUUGCAAGGAUGUCUUAAUGUUGUGUUGAUUUUGUUUUAUGAAAAAUUGGAGUCCUUAAGGGGGUUUUGUGACCUAUCCUUUAAAUUGAAGCUGUUUUGCAGUACCCUGGCAGAACUUCCUGCUUAUGGCUCCAUCCACUGUUUGUUUGGGAAGACAGCAGGGCUACCAAAAACAUCUAUUCCCGAGGUGGUGGUGCCUAGGUCAUACCCCCACCAAUCUUAAAUGUAGGACCUUUCCUGAGGAUAGGCCAUCAAUACUACAAGUUAGAAAACCCAUUUAGCUAAAUUUGAAAUAACGUACGAGUGGGCACAUAGUAUAUAGUUGUGAUGCUUACAUUGUGAUUAUUUAGACACCAAACCCAUGUAUAGGGGUGGUAGAGCUGAAUUAGUCGUUUGGUUCCACUUAAAGGGUUUAUCUCAUAAUUAAUGUCAAAAAUGAAAAUCAGACAUAAUUUAGUACAUGAUAAGCACUUUCUAAGAAAGCUAGAACCAGCCCUGUACCUCAAAUGGAUUCAAAGAUCUCCCCAUUAAUCAUUUCAAUUGCUCUGCUAGAUUUAUAUCAAGCUGGCAGUUCAAUGGGGUGACAUGAAAUGAUAAUCUUAGGAAACAAGAUAAGUGAGAUUGAAAAUGAUCGCCCACCUGUUGUUGUGAGGAGUCACAACAGCUAUCCAUGGAUGGAAAUAAAUGAUUUUUUUCUGUGAACUUGCUGCCGGAAUUUGGUAUACACCGCCAAGGCCGUAGAACAAGAAGGUAGCCAGACGUAUAUAAUGUGCUGGAAAGGACAGAGGAAAAAAUCCCAGGAACAAUGCUUUCCACAAUCGAAGACUUUUACUAAAGACAAGACGGUACAAAAAGUGCUGUCUUAUUGUACUUAGACAUAUUGUACCUCCUUGUCUUCGAUUGUGGAAAGAGAUUGUCUCAAUGAUUUUUCCUCUCUCCUCUCCAGUUCAGGGGACUCGUCCUUUCUGCUACAGCUACGGGAGUGAGACAUUUAUGCUUCAGCUUUCUCCAUAUCACAGCUUUGGAGGCAGUUGAAAGAUGAAACUUAGCAUGUGUGUCUAGCUCAAAGAGAUGGACAGAGAAAUAAGAAAAAAAGAAAGGUUUGGAUUGAACUUCACUUAAAGGGGUUGUCCCAUGAAAAAUAUUGUACAGUUUUCAAACCAGCACCUGGAUCUGAAUACUUUUCUA